AGAGAGAGGAGGGCUGCAGCUUCCAGUCAUGGUGGGGGCACUGGCCGGGUUUUCAGUGGCCAGUCUCUUGACGUUUGGCUACCUGUCCCGGGACUGGCCACCAGGACCCGGGUCUUCCUCGGGGGGCAGUGAGCCCCCCUCCAAGCCCCACCUGAUCUUCAUCCUGGCCGACGACCAGGGCUUCCACGACGUGGGCUACCACGGGUCCGAAAUCCGCACGCCCACCCUCGACAGACUGGCCGCCCAAGGGGUCAAGCUGGAGAACUACUACAUCCAACCCAUCUGCUCCCCGUCCAGGAGCCAACUCAUCACUGGCCGGUACCAGAUACAUACAGGACUUCAGCACUCCAUUAUAAGGGCUGGACAGCCUAAUUGUAUACCCUUGGAUAAUGUAACUCUUCCUCAAAAGCUUCAAGAGGCUGGCUACUCAACACACAUGGUUGGAAAAUGGCACCUAGGGUUUUAUAAAAAGGAAUGCCUGCCAACGCGAAAAGGAUUUGAUACAUUUUUUGGGUCACUUACGGGGAGUGGGGACUAUUAUACCCAUGACGUCUGUGAUGGUCCCAAUGCCUGUGGAUAUGAUCUGCACAAGGGCGAAAACGUGGCUUGGGAGUACAGGGCUCACUCCUACUCCACCUUCCUGUAUACCCAAAAAGUAGAGGAAAUCCUAGCAUCUCACAAGCCUAAGGAGCCAAUAUUUUUAUACAUUGCUUUCCAAGCAGUGCACACACCUCUUCAAGUGCCUAAAAACUACCUGGGUCAAUACAAGUCAAUCCAGAAUGUGGGCCGGAGAAGAUAUGCUGCUAUGGUAACAUGCUUGGACGAAGCAGUGAACAACGUUACACUGGCAUUGAAGAAAUAUGGUUACUAUGAGAACAGUAUAAUAAUCUACUCUUCGGACAAUGGAGGGCAACCAUUAGCCGGGGGCAGUAACUGGCCACUUCGCGGGCGCAAAGGAACAUAUUGGGAAGGAGGAAUUCGUGGAAUUGGCUUUGUCCACAGUCCUCUACUCAAAAACAAGGGGGCCGUGAGUCGCGGAUUGAUGCACAUCACUGACUGGUAUCCCACUUUGGUGACACUAGCAGAGGGAGAACUUGAGGAGAAUUUGGGUCUUGAUGGGUAUGACAUAUGGGAGGCAAUCAGUGAAGGGAAACCUUCCCCGCGGACUGAUAUUCUGCACAACAUUGACCCGCUUUACACACGUGUCAAAAGCAACUCACCUCAUGACGGAUUCGGAAUCUGGGACACCACAAUUCAAGCAGCAAUCCGAGUUGGAGACUGGAAAUUAUUGACCGGUAACCCGGGUUUCAGUGACUGGAUCCCACCUCAAACCUUCCCAAAUUUUGCUGGGAACUGGUGGAAUCUUGAAAGGGUAUUUUGGGGUAAAAGCAAAACAGUCUGGCUAUUUAAUAUCACAGCAGAUCCUUAUGAGCGGGUUGACCUUUCUCAGCAGUACCCUGAGGUUGUUAAGAGGUUGUGCUUGAGGCUGGCUUACUACAACGUGACUGCAAUUCCCGUCAAGUACCCUCCAAAAGAUCCGAAGAGCAAUCCUAAACUCAACGGAGGUGCUUGGGUACCAUGGGAUAGUGACGAAGAGGAAGAGACUAACUUAAUUAAUAGCUUCCCUGAGAAAAGACCCUGGAAUACUUGCAACAUGCAACUGCGUUUCAAAAAACCUGCUUGGGUAUAGAUAGUGUUUAUUCCAAAAAAGAAUCUUUAUCUUCUUAAAUUUAUAAAAAAGAUAUAACAUAGCUAGUGCUACCACAGCACUUAACACUUUAAAAUGGUUGAAUUGUGCAAAUUAUGACGUGAGAUUCAGAUAUCUAUGUCCAGGCUGAGAUGGUAAUUUUGUCUCUCAAAUUCUCUCAUACAGACAGCACCAGUGGGCUGAAUUUCCAGUGUUGCAUCUUAGGCAUUGUUGGUUGUUAACAGGUUUUCCGUAUUAAAAUCGUGGAUUACCAAAGGCACUGAACAUAAUCCAGAGAGGAAUUUCAGUUUUUGACCUAUGCCAAGAAAGCAAAACUGGUCAGAAGGGAAGUGCUCUCAUCUUCCUAGGUUACCAUGUUCAGUGCUGGCAUUCCCUCUAGGUUGUGGUUUCAAAUUCUAUGAGAUCACAGUGUAGUCAUUGAUGUCUUUCAGGUGAGACUUCAAAUCAAGAUCACAUCUGGCUAUUCAGAUGGGUGUUAAAGAGCAGAAACACAUGUUUCUCUUGGUGUCCUGGCAAACAAUCCUCCAGAUUAAUUACUAAUUUGCCUCACGACUAUGUGGGACAUUUCUGUCACAAACAGCUGAUAUACUACCUACAAAAAUAGAUAGAAAUAUAGAAAUCUGCAGCGCAGAAGGCCAUUCAGCAAUUUCAACAUAAUUAGAAUUUAACAAUUGAUAUAACUCCUUAUUGUGUGAAAACAUCUCAAAGUCCUUCAUAGAAUUUUUCUGUAAAGUGUAGUGACCUUGUAUUUCAAAUCCUAUCAGCACUCGAACCAGCCGUUCCGUUCGCUCAACAAAUACUGGCUUACUUCUUAUCCUCUAACUUAUCCACCCCCACAGGAGUGGAUGGGCUUUCAGUCUUUCUAUUCCCAUUCUCUGAAACUCCAUCCCAAAGUCCAUCUUGUUCACU